AUGAAUUUCAUUCCAUUCGAACUAAAUACUGAAGAAACUAAAUAACUAGAACAAUAAUAAACUUAAGCAGAAUUUUAAGAUUAAAUAAAUGCUGAAGAAGACUUUGAAAAAUAAAAUUCACAUUAAAUUAUUUGCUUUUAACAAAAAAAUAAUGGUUACAAAUAAGCUGAAUUUAUUUCAAUAAAUCCCUGCCUUUACUAAAAUUAAAAUACACUAAAUAUAAUGACAGGUUUAUUUAUAACAAAUGAUGGAAUUUUAAGAUUUUCAGCUUCAUUAGAUCCUAUCAGCUUAGGAUACUAGUAGUAAAUUGUUUAGCUUGUAGAAGAAAAAAAGAAUUUGGGCGUGAUUAAUAUUCAGAUGAGAAGAAAUGAGAAAUUCCAUAAAAAUAACAUAAAAGAUGCAAUUAAUUUUAUGCAAAAAGUUUAAAAUUGUGAUUAUAAUAAAGUUUUUGCAAUGCUUAGUAAAAAUUACAUGAUGUAAGAGUUUUUGAAUAGCCAAUUAGCUCAUAUUAAUAUGGAUAAUUUAUAGAUUGAAAAAGAUAAAGAAUUUCUUAAGUUUAUUAAUUUUUGCUACAAUUAUAUCGAUUUAUAUAAUUAAAAUAAUCCUAAUUAAAUGUAUUGGUAUUCCAUUGGUCGCUUAAAUCUUCAAUUAUAAGAUUUAGAAAAUGUAUAAAUGGGCUACUCCAAAGCAUAUCUAGAGUUACUAGGUCUAGAUAUUAACUCACUUUAACAGAUAUUUUUAAGAAAUAAACAGGUAGACUUACUUAGCAAGAAAGAAGAUAUAACAAGUUAAUCUAUUUAAGCACUGGAAGUAAUUGAGAAAUCACUUUAUGAAGAGAUAUAUUAAUCCAGUAUAACGACUUUUGAUGGAUUUACAAUUAAGAUUAUCCAAAAAAAGAGGAAUUUGAACAAUUUAUUUAAGUCGAAUUACAUAAUAAAUAAUUUAACUUGUGAGUAUAUUUUAACAUUUACAGAAAUAGAUGUUGAUAUCUAUGAAUUGGAAUAACUCAUUGACUAUAGGUAAAGGAUUUCUCAAAAUUGCUAAAAAUAAUAGUAAAACUUAGAUGAUUUGAUUAAAAGAGAACUUUCUUUCCGUUUUGAAGAUGUAGAAUAUUCUGUCUAAUCUUAGAAUUUUGUAGAAAAAUAUUAUAAUUAAAAUAUUUAAUAUCUCAAACAAUAAAAAUAUAAAUUUUAAUCUACAAAUUGA